UAAUGGAAAAUGAAAAUAUGCCAGCCGGCAAAGUGAAAGCAAAAAGCAAAAGAAUUGGUGGACGGUGAGAACAUUGCGCGAUAUUCGAGAAUUAUCUGUCCAUAAAAAAUAUAAUUUGCUGGAUCAUUUGACUAAUUCUUGUAGAGAGGGGGAGUGAGAAUCGGAGAAAGUGCGAUCGAUGACUGAGAAACCUGCCCAGCCUUGUUUCACUUGCAAUCGACUCUGCUGUUUUUAACCUGUCUAGCAUUUGAGAUCUAUCAUUUCUCCCUGAGCAGAUUCUUCUUGAGCUCUUCUUGAUCCCCAGAGAACUUUGAAAGCUGGUAAACUAAAUUAGAAUAUUUUAAAGCUGUUCCUAAUAACCGGCAAAGAAGAAAUCCGUUCUGUGAUUGAGGCACUUAAUAUCCAACACAUUCUGAUUCCUGUCGUUCCCACUCGAUGCUCUGAGAAAUUCUGAUGCUCUUUGUCCUUGUGAUCCUGUAAAUACCCUUCUAAGGAGUAAGGAACAGCCUGAUCUUACUAUUUGACUUUUUCCUAGAUCAGAAUUCUGAAAAAUGUCUGAAAUCAGCAUUAACCAUGAUGAAGUGGAUAUUGUGAUUGGUGCCCUUCAGUUAGAUCUUACAUCAUUCAUGGAAGAGUGGAGACCAGUGUUCUCCCUGUUUCAAAUAAUAAUUGUCCAAGAUCCCAACCUAAAAGGAAAACUUGAGAUUCCUGCAGGAUUUAACUAUGAUCUCUAUACCAAGUCUGAUAUAGAUGGUGUUGUGGGAUUGUCGUCGAAUGCUAUUUCUUUUUCUGGCUACUCUUGCCGGUACUUUGGCUACCUUAUGUCCCACAAGAAAUACAUUAUUGCCAUUGAUGAUGACUGCGUCCCAGCUAAAGAUAGUGCUGGGAAUUUUGUUGAUGCUGUUGCCCAGCAUAUCACCAACCUUUCAACCCCAGCUACACCUUUUUUCUUCAAUACACUUUAUGAUCCGUUCUGCAAGGGGACUGAUUUUGUUCGUGGCUACCCAUUUAGCUUGCGAAGUGGUGUGGAUUGUGGUCUGUCAUGUGGGCUGUGGUUGAAUUUAGCUGACCUUGAUGCUCCUACACAGGCCCUGAAGCCAGAGCUAAGGAACACUAGAUAUGUUGAUGCUGUUCUUACAGUACCGUCAAGGACCAUGAUGCCCGUGAGUGGUAUCAACAUAGCUUUUAACCGUGAGUUGGUAGGGCCUGCAUUACUUCCGGCUUUUAGGCUGGCAAAGGAAGGAACCCUUAGGUGGGAAACUGUGGAAGACAUAUGGACAGGGAUGUGUGUUAAGGUUGUCUGUGAUCAUCUGAGGCUCGGUGUGAAGAGUGGGCUUCCAUAUGUGUGGCGAAAGGAAAGAGGCAAUGCCAUUGAUAGUCUAAAGAAAGAAUGGGAAGGAGUCAAGUUGAUGGAGGACGUCGUUCCUUUCUUUCAAUCAUUGAGGUUGUCUGCAUCAGCAGCUACUGCUGAGGAUUGUGUCUCCGAGAUUGCUGCAGUGGUGAAGGAAAAACUGGCACCGACAAAUCCUGUUUUUGCUCGUGCUGCAGAAAAUAUGCUCGAGUGGGUCAAGCUUUGGAAGCGAGUACGAACUCAGUAGAAGAACUCUGUUUCUUGAAAGGUGGCAAUAAUUGUUUUUCUUUAUUCUCGUCUUUCCUCCCCACGAUGUCUUUAAUCAUCAACUAAUUCGAUAUUGACAAUUUUUCUUCUCUUCAUUUCUCUUGUGUUUUCCUAGACCAGAAUCUUGCAAGGGGGUUGAAAAAAUAAAUGUUAAUGUUGCGUUUAAUCAAGGGAAAAAAGGGGGGCACAAUGUGUGCAAAUCUGAUGCAUACAAAAAAACUCCAAAUUCUGAUUCUAAGGCGAAGUAUUUGGAAAUGUAGACUAAGGAGAAACUAUACAUAAAUAUAUAUUAUAAAAAUAAUCUAAUCAUUAUUGGUG